AUGAAUAGUUUCAGGAUGAACGAUAUUGAGAAGGGUUCAGUCUACCCCGAUAAAGACCAAUCCACAACUCCGGACUACAGUAGCGGACGCGGGGAACCAAGCUACGAAGAAAUAACGCAAAUAAAACAUGGAAUAGGGCGUCGCUUUGUUGAUAGCUUUCGAAGAGAUCCAAGUCUUACUAUGACCCCGCCGGGUGUGGUAGGCGCAAAUGGGAGAGUAUUCCAUGCCGAAAUUGCCGCGCAAGCAACGGCAAAUUCUCCUCUUGCACGAAGAUUGAAAGGGAGGCAUCUGCAGAUGAUCGCAAUUGGAGGUUCAAUAGGUACCGGACUUUUCGUUGCGUCGGGCAAAUCUCUCGCAACUGGCGGACCUGCAUCACUUAUCAUAUGCUUUACACUCAUCGGGCUCAUGUUAUAUUGUACGGUGCAUGCUUUGGGUGAAAUGGCCGUUCUGUUUCCCGUUUCAGGGUCGUUUUCGGCCUACUCGACUCGAUUCUUGGAUCCGGCAAGUUCAUUCAUUGAUAUAAUGGGAAAGAGGUUAACUAAUUGCGUGACUUACAGGCUUGGGGAUUUGCUAUGGGAUGGCAAACAGAACUAUGCAAUGCAGUGGCUUGUGGUUCUUCCAUUAGAAAUUAUUGCGGCGUCUAUCACAAUCGACUUCUGGGAUAUACAACAGCGAUACGAUCACGCUAUAUUUGUCACAGUAUUUCUCUUCACAAUUAUUGGCAUAAAUAUGUUUGGAGUGAAAGGGUAUGGAGAAGCGGAAUUCUUCUUUGCUAUCGUCAAAGUUGUGGCUAUUAUUGGAUAUAUACUUUUGGCCAUAAUCCUCAACUGCGGUGGCAGCCUUGAAGAAGGUUAUGUAGCUGGUACGCUGUGGAGUGAUCCGGGCGCAUUCAACAACGGAUUCAAAGGCAUGUGUAGUGUUUUUGUCACUGCAGCAUUUGCUUUUGCCGGCACUGAAUUGGUGGGGCUCGCUGCCGCUGAAACACAGAACCCCAGAAAGUCAUUGCCAAAGGCCGUGAAGCAAGUAUUCUGGCGUAUCACUCUUUUCUAUAUUGUGUCGCUUACUCUCGUUGGACUUCUCGUCCCCUAUACCGACAAAAGAUUGCUUGCUGCUGGAAAUGCGAAUACCGCGGCAAGUCCCUUCGUUAUUUCUAUUCAAAACGCUGGAAUAACGGUACUUCCUUCUGUUAUGAACGCAGUCAUCCUUAUUGCUGUACUAUCUGUGGGCAACUCGUCAAUAUUCGGAUCUUCUCGGACUCUUGCAGCAUUAGCAGAUCAGGGGCAGGCUCCUAAGAUUUUGGCUUAUGUUGAUCGUAAAGGACGUCCUAUCGUAGCUAUUGGCGUAUCAUCGGCUCUUGGGUUCCUUGCGUAUGCAGCGGAUUCUGGUGCUCAGGCAACAGUUCUGGAUUGGAUGCUCGCACUGUCUGGGCUUUCCUCAAUAUUUACUUGGGGAUCUAUUUGCCUUGCCCAUAUCCGUUUCCGACGGGCUUGGGUACUCCAGGGACAUAGCCUGGACGAGUUAGCUUUUCGUUCGCAGCCAGGCGUCAUUGGCUCGUGGAUUGGGUUUUUAUUCAAUGUUCUCAUACUUAUCGCACAAUUUUGGACUGGGGCAUGGCCUACAGGCUAUCAGCAAAUGACGGCACUCGAGCAAUGUGAGAGCUUCUUUCUAGCAUAUUUGGCCGCACCCAUCGUAAUUGUAUUCUACGUGGGAUAUAAAUUCUGGUAUAGGACUUCUGUGAUGAGAUCCAAGGAUAUGGAUCUAAAGACCGGAAUGCGCGGUCUAGACUUGCCAGCCUUGAUAGCAGAGGAGCGAGCAGAAAAGGCCGGAUGGCCAAAGUGGAAACGAGUAUACAAGACAGUAUGUUAG